AUGGGAGAUUCGGCAAUCCACGCGUUGGCAGGAUCAGUGGGGGGAUGUGUAUCAAUGGCAUUGACAUAUCCCCUCGUCAAUCUGUCCACUAGAGCAGCAGUCCAAACCAAGAAAGAGGAUCUGACCCUUAUCCAAGCAAUUAAGAAGACCAUCGAGAAGGAAGGAUUGUCCGGUUUGUACUCUGGUCUGUCAAGUUCCUUAGCAGGGAUAGCUAUCACCAAUGGGGUUUACUACGCUUUCUAUGAAGAGACUCGAUCAGUCUUACUUCGACGAAGAUCCGCAACAUCUCACUCUACAAGUGCCCUUAGUACUGGCGAGGGUAUCAUCGCGGGGUUGAUUGCUGGCUCAAUCACAACGGUAGCUACCAACCCCAUCUGGACGAUCCAAACCAAACAAUCCACCCAAUCAGUCAUCGAGACCAAAGAAGGAGAGACCAAGAAAGUCAAACCGGGAGCUUUGGAAGCUGCUAAUGAGAUAUACGAGAAAGAUGGGUUGAAAGGUUUCUGGAGGGGGAUUGGUCCGGCUUUGAUCUUGGUGAUCAAUCCUGUGAUUCAAUACACCACGUUUGAGCGACUCGUCUCUCUUCUCUUGACCUACCGUCUCUCAAGACAAGGCACGACCUCAACGACAACUCAGAAAGCUCUUGGUAGAAGUUCGUUGAGCGAUUGGGAUCUGUUUAUCCUGGGUGCAGCAAGUAAACUGGUAGCUACUGGUGGUACCUAUCCUUAUAUCGUGGUCAAAUCGAGACUUCAAGCGGCUACUCAUAAAUACAAGUCAUCUCUCAAAGCUGUACUUCACAUCUUGGAGAAAGAGGGUUUAUCAGGCCUCUACGCUGGACUCGGUCCGAAGCUCCUCCAAUCAGUACUCACAGCUGCUUUCAUGUUUGUCGCUCAGCGAAGGAUCUACGAGUUUGUUAAAGGGCUCGUCAACGUCGCAGCUCAACGAAAGCUCGCUGCAGCUUAG